CCAAGCGCCAGCGCUCCACCGUCGCCAACUCCCGCGCCUUCGGCUCCUUCUCCUCUGGCUGCCGCGACCGGGGUUCCUGUAGCUUCACAAGCGGCCACCGUGCCACUCCCGAGUCGACUUCACACUCGGUCGGCCUCUGUUCACGCUCGGGCGAUGGUAACAGCAACGGUGACAGCUUCACCGAGGGCUGGACCUGCGUCGAUUGCCCCAGCAGUGGUUGACGCUUCCGACGUAGCUCCUGGAUCGCGUAAGCUCAGUGGUCUUGCUACCCUGUUCUUGGAGCCGGGUUUCACGGUACCCGGGGCGUCGGAAUGCUGGCAUCUCAUCCAAAACGCCAGUGUCCCCCUCGUCUUCGAGGACGACUUGGUCGCCCCCCGUUCAGUGGAUGGAAUCGUGGAGUUUGGCUUGUGGACGGAUCCUGCUCACCCCUUCCAAGUGUUGCGCCAGCUUUUCCCAGACGAGCCUUGUUUGAUCGAUACGACGGGUUUUCCAUCCUCGGUGGCUAUAUCCCGUCGUGCAACUGGUCGAGCUCUACUCGUUCGCAUAUGGCGGCAGUUCCAGGGGUACUCCUACCACUCCACCGAGAGGGGUGACCUUGGUUUCGCCUUGUGGGAGCGUCGCCACUGGAUUAGGGGUAAAGCUGUCAAGGCGUAUAUCGACAACCUCGCCAGCACCCUCGGUCAGCGCAACGUGCAAGUCCUAGCGCUUCGACAAGCGUGGUCCAAGUACCACCGAGAGCGCAGUGAUCGUGCAGAUCGCUUGCGAGACGGCUCCACAAGGUGUGGAAUGGGGCCAUUACGUACGACGGACAACCUCCACAGCACCGCACCGAGGUUUUGCUGGACCCGUCGUACCUGCAAUACUCGUUCGAGGUGA